CGAGGAUCCUAUCUCUGUUCCGUUCCCAAGAUUUACCUCCGUUAUUUCGUCUUCUCACUUUCAUCUUCCUCUCGACCGCCUACAUAAUUCCUCUCCUCGACUCCUCACUCUUCGAUGCAAUUCUCUUUCUUUUCGAGUCUCAAUAUUUUGUUUUACGAAACGAUUCCCUAAAGUAGCUUUUUGUUCCCUUAUUUAUAUCCUCCUGGAUAUUGAAAUUCCAGGAACGAGUAUAUUGAGUUUAUAUUUUAACUAUAUUCGAUAUCUAUGUGUAUAAUGAUAUAUGUAUAAGUAGCUAUAAUGACUGCUAAUAACGAUAUCUGCCUGUCCUUAUUUCAGUGCAAUAAUAAUAAAUUCCCUUCCUUCUUUAUUAUUGUUAAAAAAAAUGACAGAUGUGUAAUUAAAAUUAGAGAGCAUAUAGUAUGUACUUGAGAUUGUGUAAUAAUUUGAGAAACACGAAUUUUUAACGUGAAGAGUUCGGAGGAGGAGUGUGAUACAGUGCUAUGAGAUCAGGAGUUAUUGAGGAAUCAUUCCGGAGUUAAUAUAUUAGAAAUUAUUCGACCAUAUUUUUAACAUAAUCGUUGCAGAAGAAAUUAAGAACAAUGAAUCUGAUAACAAAUAUGCGUUUGACGUUGAUCAAGCAAGAUGCGAUUACAAAACGAUUUUUGCACGUUAGUGGAAUACUCAAUAAAACACAAGCUGGUCGUUAUAGACCGAAAGCGAAACAGCUCCAGCCACUGACAUACGAAAUGGCGAAUCCUCCUCAUUAUAUCUGUGCUAGAAAAUCGUGGAAUUCUUGGAACACGUCAAAUAUAAAAGGCGGUAACAGACCAGCGGAAACAGUUGUGGAAGAUCUGUUCAUUCGAAAUUUUAUGGAAGGAACAUGGCACGCAUUGUGUGCAAGCGAAAUAAUUAUUAAGCGUCAACAUAACAUGAUUAGAAUAUCUAGUAUUAUUUUGCGCAAAUUGCCAGCUUACAAAAUGUACUUUCUACUUGGCUAUAGCGAACAUCUUUUAAGUUACUGGCUACAUUGCCCUGUGAAACUGGAAUUAGUAACGACGCAAAAUAAAGAGGAUGUGAUAUACAAAAUAAUAUAAGAUUUGUAAUUUUAAGUAACAAGUGUUGUACAAAUAAAGGUACGACUAUUAAUUUA